GUCUGAUGAUUUCAGUGCAAGAGAAAGCGAAUCCGAGCAACAAUAACACAUUUACACAUCGGAUUUCGCUCGAGCACGCUUUGGAUCCUCUACACACAAAUACACGCUCAUACAGGAAGGCAUCUGUAACAGACCUGUCGAGUGGGGCAGUGGAGAGUGGCUCUCGUGGUAUGACUACUACAAACAAGGGCAACAAAGCACUGAAGGUGAAGCGAGAGCCAGGUGAAAAUGGCACGAGUCUUACGGAUGACGAGCUGGUGUCUAUGUCUGUGCGGGAGCUGAACCAGCACUUGCGUGGUCUGUCCAAGGAGGAAAUCCUGCAGUUGAAACAGCGGCGGCGCACUCUCAAAAACCGUGGCUAUGCCGCCAGCUGCCGCGUCAAACGUGUCACGCAAAAGGAGGAGCUGGAGAAACAGAAGGCGGAGCUUCAGCAGGAGGUGGAGAAGCUCGCCUCGGAAAAUGCUAGCAUGAAGGUGGAGCUUGAUGUGCUGCGCUCCAAAUAUGAGGCUCUCCAGAGUUUUGCCAGAACUGUGGCCCGCAGCCCUGUUGCCGCUGCCAGGGGCCCCAUCACAUCUGUCAUAGGGCCUCUCAUACCAGGCAAAGUAGCCGCCACCAGUGUCAUCACCAUUGUCAAGUCCAAAACAGAAGCACGGUCAUAAUGCACAAACGGGGAACAUUUGUAAGUAUAUUGGUCAGCGUAUUCAUCAGGCACAGGAUUACUUAUGUUAUAUGACGUGAUAAAAUUCAGCAAGAUCUGCUCUGUGACCAUAAAAAUAUAAACAGACAACACUAAAGUCUCUCUGAUGUCGUUUACAACCCUCGUUGUUAAUGAACAACAAUUGUUAUCAACGUAUCAUUAAUCAGAAUAUUACACACUUGAGGUUCACACAAACAUUAUUAGAAACAUAUGCCAUUUAGUCACCGUCAUGUACCAAACCUGAAUAACUUGGUCCAUGGAACACAAAAUUUAUUUCUUGUGCUGCUUUUUUCCACACAGUAGAAAGUAUACUCUGACUGGUGAGUGUCAAUCUCUCCAAAGGUUUUUAAAAUGCACCAUAAAAGUAUCAUAAAAAGAGUCACAAAAAAGUCACAUUGUGACAUUUAAGACAAAAGAAUUGAUGCCAUUUAUCAUCAGUGUUGGGGUAACACAUUACAAAUAACGAGAGUAGAUUACUUUUUAAAGUAGCUAGUAAAGUAACACUUUGCUUUUAAAUUUACAACGAAAUAUCUGAGUUACUUUUUCAAACAAGUAAUGUAAGUUAUUUUGUUUUCCCAUUUAUUCAUUAUCACCUCUCCUAUCCCCAUGUUGAGUGAAAGGGCCUUUACAGUUGCCAAAAAUAUAACUUUUGAGUUUUUUGUUAUUAAAAAACAAAUGAGCAAGCCCAACCCAGGUGACAAAAAGUAAUGUAAUGCAUUAAUUUCCAUAAAACGUAACACCAUUAGUUACGUUUUUAUGGAGUAGCACAAUAUUGCAAUGCAUUACUUUUAAAAGUGACUUUCCACAACACUGUUUGUCACAAACAUCAAACCUGAUGCAGUGCAUCUUAUGACACAAAAUUUAAAUGGAAUGGAAUGAGAGCUAAUGGAAGAGAGGGAGAGAUUGUUAAUGAAUAACUUUGAAUUGGAGUGUGUUCCUUAUAGAAAUAUUUUUAUCCUUUUUUGGGGCUGGACAGACAUGGCCGCUGUAUGCUUCACUGUAUGGAAAAGAGCAUGGACAUUCUGCUAAAUCUCCUUUUUGUGUUCCAUGGGAAGAAAUUGUGUCAAUCCCUUGUGUUAGUCCAAACACGUAUGACUAACUUGAAAUGUCAGUUUUCAUUUUCUCGUUUUUUGGGUUAACCGUUCCCUUUAGCUCCAACUUGAGUUACCUGUGCUUGAUAUUGUCCACUGACUGAUAUACAGAUGAGGAAAAGUAAAUAUAUUGACUAUUCUAUCAGAAAUAGCGGUGUUCCCUUAAGACAUACGGAUCUUGUAAUUCACAAAGCGAGCAAAAAUGCUUUUCAGCUAUCAAUUUUCUUUCCUGUUAAGUUCAAUUCCAUUAGUGGAAUGAUGUUUACAAGUUAUAUUCUGAGGAAUAUGACCAGGAGAGGCAAUAAACUACUGUAUUUAUGCAUGGGAGAGCAGAGACCCUGUUGAGCUGUCUGGCAGGUGAUGUUCAUCUUUUGCAGACAUGAGAAAGCCUUUUCUUAAAGAUAUAUCGCAGAGAGGGGAGGCAUUUACUUGUUUUUAGAAAAUAUUUGAAGUUGGUAAACCGUGUUGGUAAAACUGAUCAUUCUAGCUUUGUUCAGAGUCGUAGAGCUGUAGUUUCGUUGUUCUGUGCUUUGUGUGGAUGGGCUGGUCUCAGUUAAUUUUCCCGAAGCGACCCAACACAAGCUUUAUUGUUGAAUUGUUAGCAAAUGCUCUCUGAUGUCUUACUCCAGCUACUUUGUUGUUUUUCUUUCCUGAAUAAGAAAACAGAAAAAAAAAAAGUUAUUUAUAUGAACAAAAAAUAGUUUGAUAUCAAUUUUGCAAUUGUACCAAAAGUGGCUUAUUAUUGAAGUCUGAUUGCUUUUCUAGUAAGUAGGCGCGUGCAGUGGGGUAGCGCGUGGCGUGCUGUGUAUGUGGUCAGGUGGCAGUGUUGUUCACUGUGUAAGUGUCCAGCUGUAUUCUUUAAAUGAAUAUUAUAAAGUAAUAUAGAUGGUGUACAGAAGCCAGUCGUUCAUAUUGGCUCCUUCCAUAUCUCUGUAAUGAAGAUGUCUUGCACUCAGAACAUCUGGGUUUUGUUGAACGAUAUAAUUUCCAACUUUACUGCAGCUAACUAUAACAAAACCCAAUGUGACGCUUCAUAAUGGUGCAUAGCCAGUCUGCGGUUCUCUUCCAGCACAGGUGGUUGGGCAAAACACAAUUUAUCCUUAAUGUUUGAGGGCAACAAAAAUAGCAAGACCUGAAUUUAAAGUUGUGGUUCUGUUCCAAAACCUAGUGAACUGUCCAUUUUAAGGAGCUCUUAAUCAUAUAUGCUCUCCCAACAUGAAGACUGUUGUAAAAGACGCCAAAUAAGGAAGCAUGGCAUGGCACAGAACAAGUGACAAACUCACUGAAAAAGAAAUGCAUCUAUCUAUUCUCCAAAGCACUACAUAAUAAACAGCCAAUACUUUUUGAGCAAAAUGUACAAGUGAAAAAUACAGUUGAAUGCGACUUGAUUUGAUUGUGAUGUUAAGUGGAAGGGUUGAAAAUCAAUGCCAGCUGAACAGGAAAGGUGGAUAAAGUUAUUACAACUGCAAUCAUUGCUAAAAUGUUUGUAUAUAAAUGACCAAAAGUUGAGUUUUUUUACCCAACACUUGUUUGUUGUAUUUAUUUAUUGUUUAUUAGGCGUAUUGUUGGUUAAGCUUAGCAACUUUGUAAUGUCAAACUCUAUUGAAAUCAACUGUGAGUACAGUGUUUCGACCUAUAUAAAAUAUUUCGGAUCAGUCCCUUGCAGUACAAGGCUCCAUUUCAGUUCGGAUGCUGCCUACCGUAUGUCUACAGACAGCAACGCAGUCCCUCACUGGGGUUUGGAACAGAGCUAUAAUAUUUAAAAAGUUAAUUGACUGUCAACCCUGUCAUCUUGCUCAUGUUCUAUAUCUGAUGGACAGAUGUUGUCUGUGGAUUCAGAGCAGAACUACAUACAGUGCAAAGAUGUUUGAAAUAAGCUUCAUGAGACUCCUCUGUGAGAGAUGAUCAGGGUAAGUGAAAUGCACUAAUGAAAUGGGCUUAUUUUGAUAUGCUCUUCCCUGUUGUUAUCUCAGGACACAUGUUCAGUGUAAUAUAAAAAUAAAAAGCACCAGAAGUACUUUGACUUGUCGCCCUGAUUGAAAAUCAGCUGAAUGGUUGUGACGUGAACAGAAUAUACAUAAAGUAAUGCAUAGGACUUGUUCGCUCUACAGUAUAUUCCAAGUCUUAUAAGGCUAAACAAUACAAUGUAAGUAAUUUAUUCUCUGCAAAUCAUCCCCUUAAACAUCAGUUCUAAUAAAAUGUUUUCACUCUUAUAUGCAAUAUUAUGCCUCAUAUAAUGUCUAUCAUUAUUAUUAAAUUAAAUGUGUAAUAAGCAGGAUAAUGUAAAGACAGCAAAAUGAACUCCUUAAGGGUGAUAAAAGGUCUAAUCCUGAUCACCUGGCGGGGCUUAUUUUACAGCAAUGAGCCGUAACACAUGGCUAAGUAAGUAAAGACAGCUUUCAUUUAUGGAUGAACUAUUCCUUUAAGGAGAAAUUAACACAUUGAAACUGAUUCACUGUGACAAGAAUGCACUGCCCUCUUACCUCAACUCCGCCUCACAUUGUAGAUUCAAGGCCAGAUUCUGAAAACAUUUCUACCCGCCAUCAGAAAGAGGUUUUGCUACAGUAAAAUAUGCAUCCCACGUUUUCCGCAUAUAGGUUGUAUUCUUGCAGCAGUUUGAUGACUGGUCUGUUUUUAGAGCUCAUUGCUCACAUAAUGAACACAACACAUCCACCCAUCUUGUUUUCUUGUUUUGAAAAGCAGAUUUUUGGAGGUUUGCAUCAUACUUGUUUCGCACAGCACUUCUCUGUGGUGUUUAAUGUAGUUCUUGGAUAAGUGCCACACUGUACCCUUAUGUGCACAUAAAUUAUUGAUAUUCUUGACCAAUGAUGUUUUUGUGGUAGUUUGUAUUUUAGCACUAUUGUAAAAGGACUGCUGAGUAGAAAGAUAUUUCAGUGGGAUACAGUCACCACUGCAAAGCUAAAUGUGUGUUUAUUAGCUCUGUUCCAACCCUAGUUAGCAUCCUAGUGCAUCAUAGGCACAUUCCUGACUCGAAGGCUGUUUGGCCAAAUUCUAAGCCUUUGUUGCAUACAGUAUAUCCAAUCCCAAAAUGAUCUUUCAAAAAAUUCUUCCAAAAUUGCAGACAUGCUUCAUACUUUUGUUUCAUUCAGUAUAGAAAGUAUAGAUAAACAUAAUUCAAUUAAUAAUAAAAAAAAUGGAUGCUUGGCAACAUUCUUACGUCAGAAUCAGUUGUAACUACAGACUCUUGUACACAAACUGUGAGAAGCACUAUCUGUGUCACUGUAUGUCAUUUCAGUUCCAUUUCAGUUAGCAUGCCUAUGUAGCUCACUAAGUUUUGGGACAGAGCUAUUGUCAUUGCUACUAAUUAACUGUAUUGUAUAUUCCUUUAAUGGUAGGCUAUGCAACAGGCAUUGUCAUUGUUUUAUGGGUCUUGAAUCAUUAAUGAAUCCUAUCAAAAAGCAGCUUUUUUUCAGUCAGCACAUUAAUGGCAAUGUUAUCAAGCUUUAGGCUGAUAAUUCAUCACUUUCUUUGUUUGCUGAGCAAGUGACUGUAAAGGGAUUUAUAUUUGGCACUAAAGAGUAAGAGUAGUUCUUUGUCUCAGAUUUGUGGGUCAAUAAAAUAAAGAUAUGAAAUGUGAAUUUAUGAUUGGUGAACAUUGAUAGAAUAUGUUUUGGUUAUUUUUAUCAAUGGGUUGUAAUAAGAUAUAUUGCAGUGCUUUGUAUGAAACACCGUAACAAAAUGGGUGAAUUGUAACUAUUUAUUGAUUAAAUUGUUGUACUUUUUUGCAAUCUAGAUACAACACUGUAUUCAUAUUUAAUGACUGUGUAUUUGAACCAUGCAGUUAACCAUUUUUCAGAUGUGGCUACAUUAUUGAUUUACUGUUGUACAUAAUGUAUGUUUGUUGAAUUACAGCUUCUUUUAUUUUGUAUAUGACUAAUAAAAAUGUUUUGAGAAAG